AUGAGUGCAAAAUACGACGAGUUGUUGCGUCUUGUGGUGGCGCUUAGUGACGCCUGUAAGCAGGACAAGAAUGUACUGAAGGACGGUGAACUUGUGGAUGCACUAGAGACACAUGGUCGACACAUUGCACGGCUUGGCAAGCAGCAGAACAAGAUGAAAGAGAAGACGCAGAGGAUCACCAUGUUGUUGCCUCUUGGAAGCAACAAGACGGUCAAGAUAAUCGAGGAAAAGGUGCUAGAUGGAGAAAAUGAGGCUGUUAAGGAAACUAUCAAGCGCAGGAAACACUUGAUGGAUACAGAGCCCAAGAUCGAUCCAUUAGACUACAGUCACAAACUUGACGCUUUGGACAUGUUCCCGUCUAUCGAGGUGCAACUGAAAUCGAAGCGAGUAUGCACGGACAAGUGUAUCGCUUCCCUGCAGAGUACCCCCAAGCAGGAUGUUGUGAUGGUUUCUACCGACACGGUGGACUCUUACCGAUCUACUACUGUGGCGGUCGCGGCCAAGGAGAACGCGGUCAUGGUGAGUCCACUCAAGAUGCAUCAGUAUAACCACAUACAACGAUCUGUGUCAUCUGAGCUGAAGGCCUCAGAAGCUGUGCGAGCAGCUUCGCCGCUCAAACAACUAUAUCGCGCAGCCUCCCCAAACAGUGGGGAUCUGUCAGCGUCCUCGACUUCGACCAUGGCGUCGUAUUAUGACAUGCACGACGAGCACGAUGUGUACCCUGAAACGACGCAGCGUUACGCUCGCUCGGCGACGAAUCGCACAUCUUCCUUCGAAUCAAUGGACUGGGCGUCAUCAGAUGAUGGCGUCAGUGACGAGUCCAUGCAGUUCCGUAGAAUUGCGAAUGACGAACAGCAGCAGUCAUCCGUUGUCAGGAUGCUGCCCCACCCGAGUCCAACCCACGAUGCCGACGAACGGCUAAAUUUUCCUGAAUUACAUUCAGAACGCAACGGUGACGCCUACUAUCUAGCAAAAGAAAGUGAACCUACCUCUGAGUCAUCAUCUCGCGUCACGCCUGUGAAACAGAAGCACAAUUCUCCUGUUGCACCCAACUCGACGGAAGUCGUGAUGGAGGUUCUGUACGGUAUAAUGGAGCACAACGAGAACUUUAAGUGGUUGAUAGACCCAAGUAACCAGGCUCGUGUAGCCAAGCUGGUCGAGUACCACUUGAGGGACCAGCACAAUGAUGGCGCGUCCAUUCAUGCUUUUGAAGAUAAGCAAUUUAUUAAUGAACUUCGGGCGCACGUGGACGGAUUGAUCCAUGAGAAUUUAAAGAUCAAGACAGAGAACGUUCGACUUAUGGAGAAAAGCUCACAGUUUGCGGUUGGAGUCAAGAAUGUAGAGAAACUUGAGAGGCAACUCGCGACGAGCGAGGAGGCUUUCAACAUGCAGGAGGAAUAUCACCGUGAAACUGAAGCGGUCUUUCAAAGUGAGCGAGAGAACAAGUUAAGGCUCGUGUCAAGUCUUCAGCAUGAUCUUGAAAAGAAGGAUUCUCAGAUCACGUUGCUCGCUGAAAAUGGCGUUGAUUCGCCUGCGAACGGCGAUAUCAUUUGUAACCCAGAGAUAUAUCGACUUAAGAACACAGUGAUGGAAAAGAACCGUGAGAUCUGCCGUCUCAAUUUUCAGCUAUCGACGAAGCAGCAACUUGUCGACGAGAUAGCCAAGAAAGUUGUACAGCAACUAGAGACUACAUUGAACAUUUCGUCUGGUGAGACCCUUUCGACGCUCGCCAAUGGCCUCCGUCUCGAUAUGGACAUGUUCCUGUUCAGUAAUAUCGCGGAGAAGCUUGAGACAAUUGAGGAGCUAAAGGCUGCUUUAUUGUCCAUGGAGCGUGAAGUGAGUGGACUGGAAUCUCGGGUGGUCAAGAAGGCACGCGACAAUUUACUGUUGAAAACGAAGUUCAAGUCAAUGUCCGAGCGCCUGACUGAGGCUAACGUGAACAUGUCUCGCGUUCAGGCGGAGAACGACUGUUUGGUGGCGUCAUUGAAGGAAAAGAAGGAGAAGAUGCACGACCUCAUUGAGUUCUUGGAGGGAAAGGAAGAGCAAGUUAUGCACUUGGAAGAGCAGGUGAACCUACGUCAGACGCAACUGGAGGACGUUGUGGCACAGUACAAAAAGAUGCAGCGCCAGCAGCUCGAUAAGAAGAGCAUGAGCGGUCAUUUACCUCAUCGUAAGGCUACCGUGUGCACUCAGUAA